GGUUGGUGGCCUGGAGGAGGAUUUGAUUGGAAAACCAACGGUGCAGCUGGCCGCGGUGUCCCUGAGGUUGAGGGGACUGGGAAUAGGCUGGCGGGAGGACGGGACGGGCUGAGACCGGACGGGACCCCCGGUCUGCAGCAGCAAUUGACAGCAGCAGGGACAAUGAUAAGGAGAUUGGCCUGAAGGAGGGACCGUCCCUUCCGCGCGGGACAUAUUUGUGGAUGAAACAGACACAGUCCCCGCUGUAUGAGGCUUAUAAGCUAGUUCAAAGAAGUCAAUAAAUGGACGAGGGGAUUUCCAAUGUUGAUGAACUCCAGAAGGAAAGAAAACAGAGUGCUGUGGAAUGUGAUGUUAAUUCUGGGGCGUUGAUGUUUUACAAUGCCUGAUCAAGACAAAAAGGUGAAGACCACAGAAAAAUCAACUGAUAAAAAACAGCAAGAAAUCACCAUCAGGGACUAUUCAGAUCUUAAAAGACUUCGGUGCCUUUUGAACGUCCAAUCAAGCAAACAACAGCUUCCAGCCAUUAACUUCGAUAGUGCCCAAAAUAGCAUGACGAAGUCUGAGCCCGCCAUCAGGGCGGGUGGACACAGAGCUCGGGGUCAGUGGCAUGAAUCCACAGAAGCUGUUGAACUUGAAAAUUUUAGUAUAAACUACAAGAAUGAGAGAAAUUUCAGCAAACAUCCUCAGCAUAAACUAUUUCAGGCGAUCUUUACCGCCUUGGUGAAAAAUAGACUCAUAUGCAGAGAGUGGGUUAAUCGAGCCCCAUCUAUUCAUUUUCUGAGAGUGUUAAUCUGUCUGAGGCUACUAAUGAGGGAUCCAUAUUAUCAGGAAAUACUCCAUAGCUUGGGUGGGAUUGAAAACCUAGCUCAGUAUAUGGAGAUUGUAGCCAAUGAGUACCUCGGCUAUGGAGAAGAGCAGCACACUGUGGACAAGCUGGUCAACAUGACAUAUAUUUUUCAAAAACUUGCUGCAGUCAAAGAUCAAAGAGAAUGGGUCACCACAAGUGGAGCCCACAAGACAUUAGUAAAUUUACUUGGUGCCCGAGAUACUAAUGUUCUAUUGGGUUCCCUUCUGGCUCUGGCUAGUUUAGCAGAAAGUCAAGAAUGUAGGGAGAAGAUAAGUGAACUCAACAUUGUAGAAAAUCUGUUGAUGAUUUUACAUGAAUAUGACUUGCUUUCUAAAAGACUAACAGCAGAGUUGUUGCGCCUACUUUGUGCAGAGCCCCAGGUGAAAGAGCAGGUGAAGCUCUACGAGGGGAUACCUGUCCUCCUCAGUCUGCUCCACUCUGACCACUUGAAGCUCCUCUGGAGCGUUGUCUGGAUUCUGGUACAGGUUUGUGAGGACCCCGAGACCAGCGUGGAAAUUCGCAUUUGGGGAGGCAUCACGCAGCUUCUUCAUAUUUUACGAGGAGACAGAAAUUUUGUUUCUGAUCGCUCCUCCAUCGGAAGCCUGUCCAGUGCAAAUGCUGCAGGCCGAAUCCAGCAGCUUCAUUUAUCAGAAGACUUGAGCCCUAGGGAAAUACAAGAAAAUACUUUCUCACUUCAAGCAGCCUGCUGUGCUGCCCUCACUGAGCUGGUGCUCAACGACACCAAUGCCCACCAGGUGGUUCAGGAAAAUGGUGUAUAUACAAUAGCAAAAUUAAUUUUACCAAAUAAGCAAAAGAAUGCAGCAAAAACUAAUCUAUUACAGUGUUAUGCUUUCAGAGCCUUGAGAUUUCUCUUCAGUAUGGAAAGAAACAGACCACUCUUUAAAAGACUUUUCCCCACAGAUUUGUUUGAGAUCUUCAUUGACAUAGGGCAUUAUGUACGUGAUAUCAGUGCUUAUGAAGAAUUGGUAUCCAAGCUGAAUUUAUUAGUGGAGGAUGAACUGAAGCAAAUUGCUGAAAAUAUUGAAAGCAUUAAUCAGAACAAAGCUCCUUCGAAAUAUAUAGGCAACUAUGCGAUUUUGGAUCAUCUUGGAAGUGGAGCUUUUGGCUGUGUUUACAAGGUUAGAAAGCGUAGUGGUCAAAAUCUUUUAGCAAUGAAAGAGGUCAAUUUACAUAACCCAGCAUUUGGAAAGGAUAAGAAAGAUCGAGACAGCAGCGUAAGGAAUAUUGUUUCUGAAUUAACAAUAAUUAAAGAGCAGCUUUAUCAUCCCAACAUUGUACGUUAUUACAAAACAUUUCUGGAAAAUGAUAGGUUGUACAUAGUUAUGGAGCUUAUAGAAGGAGCCCCGCUUGGAGAGCAUUUCAGUUCUUUGAAGGAAAAACAUCACCAUUUUACUGAAGAAAGACUAUGGAAAAUAUUUAUACAGCUAUGCUUAGCUCUUCGAUACUUACACAAGGAGAAGAGGAUUGUCCAUAGAGAUCUUACACCAAACAACAUUAUGUUGGGGGAUAAGGACAAAGUAACAGUUACUGACUUUGGCCUGGCAAAGCAAAAACAAGAAAACAGUAAACUCACGUCUGUGGUUGGAACAAUCCUGUAUUCUUGCCCCGAGGUACUGAAGAGUGAGCCGUAUGGGGAGAAGGCUGAUGUCUGGGCAGUAGGCUGCAUCCUUUAUCAGAUGGCGACUUUGAAUCCCCCCUUCUACAGCACUAACAUGCUGUCCUUGGCUACAAAAAUAGUGGAGGCGGUAUAUGAACCAGUGCCAGAAGGUAUCUACUCUGAAAAAGUAACAGACACCAUCAGCAGGUGCCUCACUCCUGAUGCGGAAGCUCGUCCAGAUAUUGUAGAAGUCAGUUCGAUGAUAUCAGAUGUCAUGAUGAAAUAUUUAGACAACUUAUCUAAAUCCCAGUUGUCCUUGGAGAAGAAGCUAGAACGGGAACGAAGACGCACACAAAGGUAUUUUAUGGAAGCCAACCAGAACACCAUCACAUGUCACCAUGAGCUGACUCUUCUAUCUCAUGAGACCUUUGAGAAGGCAAGUUUGAGUAGCAGCAGCAGUGGAGCAGCCAGCCUGAAAAGUGAACUUUCAGAAAGCGCAGACCUGCCCCCUGAAGGCUUCCAGGCCUCCUAUGGUAAAGACGAAGACAGGGCCUGUGACGAAAUCCUGUCAGAUGAUAACUUCAACCUGGAAAAUACUGAGAAAGAUACAUAUUCAGAGGUAGAUGAUGAAUUGGACAUUUCGGAUAACUCCAGCAGCUCCAGUUCAAGCCCUCUGAAAGAAUCUACAUUCAACAUUUUAAAGAGAAGUUUUAGUGCUUCAGGAGGAGAAAGACAAUCCCAAACAAGGGACUUCACUGGAGGAACAGGAUCAAGACCAAGACCAGCUUUGCUGCCUCUUGACCUGCUUCUGAAAGUGCCACCCCUCAUGCUCAGGGCCCACAUUAAGGAACUAGAGGCCGAGUUAGUGACAGGGUGGCAGUCCCAUAGCCUUCCUGCUGUGAUUCUUCGAAAUCUCAAAGAUCAUGCAUCGGCAGGAAUUGCUGUGUCCCAGAGGAAAGUGCGUCAGAUCAGCGAUCCUAUUCAGCAGAUAUUAAUUCAGCUGCACAAAAUAAUCUAUAUCACACAGCUUCCUCCAGCUUUGCACCAUAAUUUGAAAAGAAGGGUUAUAGAGAGAUUCAAGAAAUCCCUCUUCAGCCAGCAGAGUAACCCUUGUAAUUUGAAAUCUGAAAUCAAAAAGUUAUCUCAGGGAUCUCCAGAACCGAUUGAGCCCAACUUUUUCACAGCAGAUUACCAUUUAUUACAUCAUUCAUCCGGUGGAAACAGCCUGUCCCCAAAUGACCCUACAGGUUUACCAACCAGCUUUGAAUUGGAGGAAGGAAUAACAUAUGAACAGAUGCAGACUGUGAUUGAGGAAGUCCUUGAGGAAAGUGGCUAUUACAAUUUUACAUCUAACAGGUAUCAUUCCUAUCCAUGGGGGACCAAGAAUCACCCAACCAAAAGAUGAAAAUGCUGCAUUUUGAGUGGACUUGAUUUUCUCAGUGAAGUUCAAGUUCUGGACUUCAGCCGCUAUUGCAAGAUGCCCAAGGAUUGGGUGCUGCUAGAGGGUGUGGAAAAGACCAAGAUGCCAUGGGGCCUGCAGGACUUCUUUCUGGGGGUCUUGUGCUGGAGUAUAUGACAGCUGCAGUACUUGAGGGCUUCAUUGCCAGAACACAUUAUAUACAGGAUGUCAGAGCUAUCAGUGUGCUGCUGGGAGAAAAUGCUGCAAAAUUCAUCUUUUGGGGGGUGGAGGGAAAACCCAAAAAUGACAACAAAAAACUCUUUUACAGAAUUUUCCUUAACAUUAAAAAAAAACUUGUCAUAUUUUUCAAAGGCACAUUUGAUACUCAGAAUUGCUAAAAGUAUAUUUAAAGGCAUCUAGCCUUCCAUAUGUAAAAAAUAUUUUAGAUAAAGACAGUUACAGGACUCAGAAUAAUAUAUUGGGUGAUUCACUGUAUCCUCCAUUUUUAUAUUUAAAGAAAUUCAAAAUACAUGAUUGAAUUUUUUUUUUAAAUGGAUGGGUUGGUUAUCGUUUAACCACUUGGGUGCUAGUGGUCUUGAACUGUGAUACAGUGUAGACAGUAUUUGUAACCUUGCACAGCCUCUGGGGGUAACUGUCAAACUGUCAGAUUUAAGUUAGACUAAUAGAUAUAUUGCUGUACAGUGUAUGUAUAUGUUUAUAUAUGAGGGCGGAAGGAGAGAGGUUUUGAUUAGACUAUUGCUUUGCUGCUAAUCAAACUUAUAGUAUUUUUAGAGCACUUUGAAGAGUUUAUAGAAUCUAUGAAAAAAAUGCAAUAUUCCUCAUCCUAACUCCCUCCUUAUUACAAUUACCUAAAUUGUUUAUGAAUUGUUUAGGAAUUUGAAAUGAAAAUAAGUUAAAUCCCUUUUUUACUCAUUGAGGCAGCUCAACAAAAGUGAAAUCAGAAUGCCAAACUGUGUAUCAUCCUUUAUGCAGGGAGAAUUAUGAUGAAAAUCUGCUAGAUUCUCAUUGGGCUUAAACUCUUUCUCUUCAAUCAGCUUCUUAAAACUCUGGUGUAAUGUCAAGAAAUACCCUCAUCGCGAAAUCUGUCUGCACUUCUAGCUACCUAAAGAGCAAUUUAUUCUACAUAAUUAGUAAUCUGAAAGUUGAAAUUAUACUUUUUAUUUACUUUCCAUGGGGUUCUGUCAUAUUUGUUUACGCUGAUUUUUUUUAGUAUGAUUGAAUCGAUUUUAGUUCAAUGUAUUUACAGUGGUUGAAAGACCAUAAACUUCUUUCCAUAUAGUAUGAAAAUCUACACUAUUUUUUAAAUGAGCAUAUUUAAUACUUAAAUUAUAUCCAAAUUCCCUCUAAUCAUGCACUAAUGCUUUUGAAGAUUGUCAAUGGAUCUUUCUUUAAGCCAAAUUAAUAAUUACAGAUACACUGUAAUGUAAGAUAAUAGAUGCAAAUACAGUAAUGAAAAUUUCAGUUUCAGCUUUCAAACUAAUUCUAUCCAUAUGUGAAAUUCAUAAAAUCAAAAUGCUAUGAUAUUGAUUUACCCAGGCAAAAUUUUAUUUCUGUUCCAAGUUAAUUUGAACCUGCACUUAUAAUUCUUUAUAUCUUUCAAUGCAUGGAAGGGGCACAUUUCUUCUUCAUGCAGGAAGCACAGACCUGGAGGGGCACAAAUUCUAAUUGUGCGGUGAGAGUUUGAAAUCAAGUUAUUUCCCAAAUGGUAAUAUAUACUAAACAGAAUUUAGGAAAGAAUAGUAUUCAAAAGGCAUACCGUGGUAAGAGAAGAUAAAUGGUUUACUUGAAGAUGUUUUAAAGUGUGUAUAGUUGGCUUUAUUGACCAGAAAGUGAGCAAAAUAUUUCCAUCUCUCUCUUUUUUUUUUUUUUUUUUUAAGACAGAGUCUCACUCUGUUGCCCAGGCUUGAGCGCGAUGGCGAGAUCUUACAUUACUGCAACCUCCGCCUCCCGGAUUCAAGCAAUUCUCCUGGCUCAGCCUCCCGAGUAGCUGGGAUUACAGGCAUGUGCUACCAUGCCCAGCUAAUUUAUGUAUUUUUAGUAGAGAUGGGGUUUCACCAUGUUGGCCAGGCUGGUCUCAAACUCCUGACCUCAGGUGAUCUGCCCGCCUCGGCCUCCCAAAGUGCUGGGAUUAGAGGCAUGAGCCACUGUGCCCAGCCAUUGCAUGUAACUCUUUUAGGUGAUAGGAAUGGGCAUUUAUUAUGCUAGAAGUUAGUGAAAGUUAAGCAAGCAGAAGCUGUCCUUUUUAACAACAGCUUCACGCCUAUCAACUCUAUGUGGAUAGAUGUAUUGUUUUGCUAAAAGUAUGAAUAUUCUCUAUUUGAAUUCUCCCUAAACUACCACAAUCACGGAGUCUAUAUUUUCCCAUCUCUCUAAGAGAAAGUCAGGCUCGGGCAAAAGCACCAUUUUGUACAUAGAGUCACAUCCCAACAGAGAAGUUAACUUUUCAGAAGCCUUUCUAACGCAAAUAUGGAGCACCUCCCCUCAUGACCAAGAAUGAUCAUUUUGUUUUGAUUCUCCAAACUGUCUAUUAGUGCAAAGGAGUGGUUACAAGAACUUAAUAGACCUCUUAAUCUUUUCUUGAUUGCAUUUAUAUAUUUUUUCCCUUUCUCUUGUAUAAUUUUUAAUGAUUUGUUGUGCAAUGAAAUCCCUAUGAAUGCACCUAAUUUCUGUAACUGAAUAUUUAUAUGGAAUAGAAUAUGAAUCAAUCUUUUCAGAUUACUUUUGAAACACAAAUACUCCCAUCAAUUAUGUUUCGACCCACCAGCUCUUUCUGAAUUAUGUGUACUUGAAACCUUAAUUUGCUUUUUAAAAGCAAAAUGUUUCAUUCUCAGGGAAGUGACUGCAGCAGGAAUAUUUGCUUGCUUGUUGUUAACUUUAUCUUCCUCCAGGCAUGUAGUCUUCAAAUGGAGUCUUCAAGGGAAUAGUAACAUGGACACUUGGACCCACUGCUUGUGGAUGAAUUUCAGAAACCUAGAGAAAUGCUGCUUGUUUAUUGUGGACGUUUGUGUGGCAUUAGGCAGUGUUCACAGAAUGUUUAGGCAUUCUAAAGCAGAACACAAUUAAGAAACACUGUUAGGAAAUUUACUCAAAUGAUAUAAUUGAUUAAGAGUUAAGGUCUUCCUAUAAGUAUCAUCUAUGACUCAUUAAAUACUAUGAAUUUUGAUGUCCAAAAACAAAUACAGGACUGGUUAUGUACAAUUCCAGAAAUAUCAUUAAUUAAUCACCACUCAUUUGUAAGAUGUGUGAAGACUGUAAUAUUGGCUAGUGAAUUUUAUCAGUAUUAAUAUGCAUAGAACCCACAUUCCUCUUUUUGAUUUGAUGUAUUAUAACAUGUAUGUAUUGCUAUUUUUCUCUUUUUUUGAAGUGGUGAGGAAUCAUGCACAGUCAAUAUGCUGGGUUCCUUUAGAAAUGACUUUAGCUUCUGUCUGAAGGCAGGAAAAACUUCUUUUUAAGGAACUUUCAUCAUUGCCUUUUACUUUUUCUAUGAUGGUUUUUCAUGAGCACUGAAAUCACUUGGAGAGGCAAUGCAAAGAAAUCUAUCUGAAACAGCUUCUUGGCACCCUGGAGUUAGAGCUAUCAAGGGCUCCAACGUAAGGGAAGCUUAAUGCUUCUGAAUAUUGACAUUGACUCCUUGGGUGAAAUUCUGUCCAAAUAUAAAAUUCUUCAUGUUCAACAAUUAAAUGUAAAUAAAUGAAUUUCAUAUAUACUUAUAUGAUAUCUUUGAGAUUAUAUUAAUUAUCCUUUUGUGGGAAUUGACAGCUUUGGGUAGAUUAUUUUUUCAGUUGAAAUGUGUUGCUAACAAUAUGCUUACCCUUGAAUGCUGUUUUUCAUAUUGAUAGGAAGACACAAAUUUCCCAGGGAAACAACUUUGUGAUAAAGGAGUUCUUAUGUGUGUCAUUACAGUAAAUUGCAUAUUGUAAAUAUGACUGUUGUGGUUGAUUAUACUCCUGCUGUGAUGUUGUUUUGAGAUUUGCAAGAGGGACAGGAAAGAUUUUAUGAGUUUCAUGGGGUGUCUGAUGGAUAUUGCCAAUUUACAUAUUUUUUGAGUUCAUGGGCAAUAGUUGUUUUUAAAAAUGAAGAUCACAUACCCUAAAAUCACAGCUGCAUACUUGCUAUGUGAGGUAUACUAGAUGCUUUAUUGCAUGUAUGUAACAAUUGUCUAAUAAUAUAAAAAAUUUAAGAUACAGUUCUUUGCUUUAUCCUAAAAGUAAAUGAACUGUAGUCUUAAUUCAAAACUGAAUGUUAUUCCUCAAAACAUGAGAAACUGCCUUUUUCUCUCCUUUCCUUUUGUACUGUGAAGAUUUGCACUGGCCCCAGCUACUGUAUUUAGCGAUAACAGAAGUAUGUGACUGUUUAAAUGCUGUCAUUUGGAAAUAGCUUACCUUUCUUUCUCCUGAACAAAGAUAGAAUUUUGUCUUUAUGUAUGGAGGAUUAUGGCUGACUGUCAUUUUGACAAUCAACAAAUCCAGAUGGAUACUUGGAAUUGAUAUGGUGUGUUCACAAAUGAAAAAUUAGCUGAAGUUUUUGCAAACAUGUGAAAAACUGGUCCCAUAAAACAUGCAGAGAGAAGUUUGUGCCAGAAAUAACAAACCAAGAGGAACAACUGCUUUAAGGCCUUAGCACCUUUAAGGCAGACUGUGAAGGUCACUUACAAAAUGAUAUUCUUAACCCAUGAUUUAGCUCUGCAUUUCAAGUGCCAUUUGAGUCAAUAUACUGAAAUAGAAUAUAAAGCUUGUAAAUGGCUAUUAAAUUUUAGCUAAAACUCUUGCCCUCCAUAUUCUGUGUGUUUGCCUCAUACUGCAGUGAAUUUUGGAGGAAAUGGAGCUGGUUUAGGGAUACUUCAUGUCAUAACAAAACACAUGAAGUAUUUACAUGAACCUAACCUUACUUUGAGGGAGGUUAAUAAGUAUAAGUACUCAGAAGGGAAACCUUGACUUGCUAAAGAUUAAGGAUAGAUCUUUCAUGGAGGUGGAACAAUCUUCAAAUAGAAAUUAUGUUUUGAGAAGUUGGAGAGCAAAAAGAAGGCAAGAAAUUCCCUAGUGCCUGGGUUGCCCAGCAGGCUGCCCACUAGGGGGUGAGCAAUGGCAAAGGGUAGCUCCAGAACCUUCAGUGAUUCCUGCUGUUGGGUUUCCCAGAAGCAGCUGACCAGAUGCUUCCCCAGCAUGCAGCUAUUGUUGGACUUUUAGCCAGGCACCGUCACCAACAAGUUGACCACCCAGAACAGUAGCAAAAGGUCCCAAAGUCUCUUCAUAACCUGCUGGCUGGUGGAAUCCGUAGGACAGGGUCCCUAGGAGGCAUUCCAAAGACAUUAGACUCCUCAAAGAAGCAGUUUUAUCUGCCAUUAAGUGAGUGUGAUUCUGCCCCAGGGGUUAUGUUCCCCAUCUUUCAUCCAUGGGCUCAGGCCCAUUUUGUCUGACAGUGCAAAUUUUACAAGAAGUAUAUGUGAGAUGUAAAUGGGUAAGUGCAGGCAGAUUUGAAUAUACUUGUAUGAGUUAAAUUAGAAAAGAAACAUUGCAAGCAAUUUUAGUUGUUUGCAAGCAAACCAGUUGAUAAUCAGGCUGCAGAAAGAUUCUAUUAUUUCACUCUUCCAAACUGAAAAACAAAAAUUACUUGAAAAAUUUUUGGGUGCAUUUUGCUUACUCACAUUUAGUGGGUCAAAACAAAAACUAUAGUGCUUCCUGUAUUCUAUCGUUCACAGUGGUGACUUUGUGAGGAUAAAAAAGAACAGAGCUGUCCUCUGAAAGGAAGAGAAACCCCUAAUCUCAUGUUUCCCAGAGCUUCUAUUUUUUAGACAGCCCAGGAUCCAAGACGAAGGCCUGUGCCCACAGAAGCAAAAAUACCUGCAAUGUGCUUUUUUUUUCCUAUUAGCCUCUAACAUAGUAUCUUUUUGUUGUUGUUGUUCUAGCACCCCUCCUAUGCGGGUCUCUCCCCUGACACCUCUUCCCCUCCCACUAUUCCUAUCCAAGGAACAAACAAGGUUUCCUGCACAGAGCUGUGUUAUUAGAGGGAAUGAAUGUUCCAUAGUUAUUUAAUGGUGUGCCAUGUGGAAGACAGAGGGAAGUACUUCUCUGUAUGUGAUUUCUAUCUUUCUAAAACCUCUGCAACACUUCCUUCAUGAGCACACCUACUCUAGAAUGACCUCGAAGUCAGAGAUCCUCAAGAGAAGAAGAAAGAAAUGAUUCUGUAAAAGAUUUAUAUAAGAUAUGCAAGCAGCUUUUAUUUUUGCUAUGAUUAAAUAUGCCCUGUAAAAUGCUAAAAUAAUUUUAAAAGUUAUUUUCAAUUUUAUUGGAAAAUGAUUUCUCUUUUAUUGAGAAUUUACAGUAAAUGAUCAUCUCUUUUCUCUCA